CGAAGUACUUAUGGACACCCGCCCGGCAGCUCCUCUUCCUUCUCCCAGUCACGUUCUGCGUGCGUCUGCGUCUCUGCCAGCCUUCAGAUUGAACGUUUCCCUUGGGUCAGAUCUUUCUAGGGGCACGCAUCGACCGUCUAUGAACCCAGGCACCGGCAGCAGCUCCUCCCCCGCAGAUCUUCAACAACACAUCUACAAUUCCCUGCUGGAAUCGCGCACAGCAGAUGUCGCUCUCCAUGUCAAGGGAACAUGGCAAGCCGUCUACAAGCUCCACAGAGUCGUUCUUAUCCAGGCAGGAUUCUUUAACUCGCUCUUCACUGCCGGAUUUCUCGAGUCAUCGCCUAGUCUAUCAGGUAGCCCGUCAGGACAACAGGACGUUAACAUCGUCUUUGACGAUUGCAACAUUACACGUGCAGCUUUCGAAGUGUGCAUCGCGCGUUUGUAUGGCGGUGGGCCACCACUGCACGUCUGUCCUUCCCUGAUCCCGACCCAGAAUCAACCACUCACGCCGUCAUUCUCCUCUCCUUCAUCGUCUUCAGAACUCCCAAAGGGCCAUCAUCCAGCGACACCCCGAUUUCUCCUCUCCUUGCUUGCGACCGCGGUCUACCUGAGCAUUCCUACCAUUGCAUCUCAUGCGCUCAGCUGCAUUCUGAACACUGUCGGACCAUAUACAAUUCUGCCUUAUCUCCGGUUUGCUACGGGUGUACCAAUAGAAGCAUCGGACGACGACGAGCCCGAGGCCGCAGUUGGCCUGGAAAGGAUCGCUGUCCUGACCAGCCCCGGCAGCAGCUCCGUCUCCACACUAACUUCUCACGAUACCAGUAAAGCUGAGCCACGAGACUUACUCACUGACAAGUUCCACGGGCUGGCUGUACAGAAAGAAGAUCCUGGUGAAUCUGAUACCCGGUCUGACGGUGAGGGUGAGGAUCGGCCACGAUAUACUCCUUGCUUUGAUUAUGGGGCUGUGUCGAAUAAGAUAGGCGAAGCAGCUGUUUGUUGGCUGGCAAGAUGGGGUCCGGAUAUGUUCGUAUACGAAGAGAAGGCACUAUCGGGGCGAGACUUCCCUCUCUCACCACCCGCUGUUGCGCCUUCUACCAGGAAAAGAGCAGAGACGCUACCUUCCCGACCGUCAGAAGAAGCCGCAGUUCAUGUCCCCCCUCGCCUGCCAACAAUAUGGGCCAGAGGUGGGUUAACAUCCAAGUGGAUACGGGAGUUGAUAUCUUCGGAUAGCUUAUUCGUCAAAGCGGAACGCGAGAGAUAUGACUUGGCGCGAGCCGUAGUCGAACUUAGGAGGAAACAGGGCAUUGAUGAGGAUGAGGAAAAAGACUGGGAAACAAUGUUUUCCGAAGGAAUCUACUAUGCUAACAUGCUGGUUGAGGAUAUCAUCGCGAUAUCACAGGAUAUUUCUCCUUCAACCGGACGACCAUUCGUACCGACGCCGGUAUUACAAGCUGCACAUUGGAACCAGUCUCUAUUGCGUUGUCACAUUACAACAUCGUCUACCAACACAUCCUUGCCUUCGCCCAGCCCGCCAAUGCGUGACAAGGAACUUGGACUAUGCCUAACUACGGCCCAGAUUCUCUCGCGCCUCUCACCAUCAGAGCAACAAGCUGUCCCUGACGACGAGAAGGAAAAGGUCUACCAUCCUGUUCCCCAGGACUCGUCCAUGAGACUGGGAGACAGCAGUGGAUUGGACGGUGCAUCCAUGGACCAACUAUUUGAACACACCACGUCAUUGUCCGAUAGCAAGUCAACUCCAACUUCGGAGGCGAAUUUCUUUGGUCUCAAAACAGAGCGCAAGACAGCAUUGGAGUGUAUUGCCACUGACUCGACCGGCAAAACUCGUUGGUCUCAAUACCCCCCGUGCCGUUUUGCGGUUGAAUUUUGGGACAUCGACGCUCUCAAGGAGAAAUCUCGGCUCCACUCACACACGAUCUGGUACGCUGGCAAUCUCUUCAAUGUUUAUGUCCAGGUGGUGCGUAAGAAAGGCGCACAACUUGGAAUAUACCUUCAUCGUCAGUCGAGUGUGGAUCCUAUCCCUGGCGCAUCUUCUCCCGUGCAAUGUGUACGGGAACGCAACCACAACAGGGUCCCAUCCCUUCCACACCAUAUCCCCACAUCGGUGUCUUCACCGACGGUUCAUUACUCCCCAUCAAUACAUCCCCGUUCCGGAAGCAUAACGCCCAACUCAGCACCCUCAGCUUCACACGGGUCUGACAAGGCGCAUCAAUCCUUUGGCAAUGCGAUUCCUGCGACAGCACCACCUAUAGCUCCUGUCCAGCCGUACAGAGAUCCUAGACCAUCCGUAGCUGCUUACUUCGCUGUCUCGUGCAUGAGUUCUACGGGCUCUUCGAUCACCCGUUUCACCAGCGUCCCUGACGUGUUUUCCGUAAGCCAGAGUUGGGGGUGGAAGUCAAGUUCGCUACGGAGUGAUGAUAUAGGCGACGGGGGUGAGGAUGACCAACCGAAACGGUCUGGCCCCACACCAAAGGAGGUAAGCUUACGAGCUACCGUCCUUCUUGGCGUUGUUUAGAGGUGUACAUAUGAAGUACUGGCAAAUAUCUGGAUAUAUUUUCGAUGUACUAGGAUGUACAUUCCCUCUUGAUUUUACUCAGGUUCAUUGUACUUACCCUACUUAGUACAUACUUGUCUGCAUUCUUACCGGA